CGUAUACAUUGUCAACAAAGAAACACAUGACAAAGAAGCUUACAAACAAUACCUGUGUCCAUAAGUAUUUCCAUGAUUGUCUCCCUUUUUCUGACUAUAUAAUAUUAAAGUAAAUCAUUUCUUAGAUGGACUACAUACAGAAGAAAUAGGGAUAUUCAUUAUCAGACAGAUAAACAACGAACUACAUUAGAGUAUUAGAAACUAUGUCUAAUAACGAAGUUAAAAGCUCUGUGAUUAUCUCCCUGGAUGAGUCUAAUUACCAUGCACUGCAGGACCAAACAAGAUGUCAAAUUGUGGAACAAACUUUGUAUGAUGAAGAUUGGAGUUGUAAAUCAGAUCUAGAGGCACAAAUGAUAACACAUACAGGGAUUCAACCUUUUAAAUUUGCUGGAGAUAUCACAGCAGAUAGUGAUUCAAUAAAUGCCCAGCUGCACGGAAAAGUGAGAACACAAACAUCGGAUAGACCAUUUAUAUGUGGUGUGUGUAAUAAAACCUUUAGUCGGCAACCUUAUUUAUUACAACACAUAAAAAUACACACCGCUGAUAAACCUUAUAAAUGUGAUAUAUGUUGUAAAGGGUUUAUUCAUAAAGCAAACUUAAUUAAACACAUAGAAACACAUAAUGGAAAAAAUAAACCUUUUAAAUGUGAUGUAUGUGGUAAAGGAUAUAGUUUGAGUGAUGGUUUAAAGUUUCACAUCAAGAGAACACAUACUGGAAAGAAACCUCAUGAAUGUGAUGUAUGUGGUAAAGAUUUUCGAGGUAGAGACAACCUAACUGCACACAUGAGGAUACAUACUGGUGAUAAACCUUAUAAAUGUGAUGCAUGUUUUAAAGUUUUUAAUCACAAAGGAAACUUUGAUAAACACAUACAAAUACAUACUGGCGAUAAACCUUAUAAAUGUGAUGUUUGCGGUAAUGGAUUCAGUCAAAGAAGCAGCUUAACUAGACACAUGGGAAAACAUACUGGUGAUAAACCUUAUGAAUGUGAUAUUUGCUGUAAAGGGUUCAAUCAAAGUGGCACUUUAACUUCACAUAUGAGAACACAUACUGGUGAUAAACCUUAUGAAUGUGAUAUUUGCUAUAAAGUGUUCAAUCAAAGAAGCAUCUUAACUACACACAUGAGAACACAUACUGGUGAUAAACCUUACGAAUGUGAUAUUUGCUGUCAAGUGUUCAAUCAAAGGACCAGCUUAACUACACACAUGAGAAAACAUACUGGUGAUAAACCUUAUAAAUGUGAUAUUUGCUGUAAAGUGUUCAAUCAAAGAAGCAUCUUAACUACGCACAUGAGAAAACAUACUGAUGGUUAACCUUAUAAAUGUAAAGUCUGUGGACAUACAUUCAUGGCUGACCAUAAUUUACAGAACAACAUGACAACACACACUGGACUGAAUGGACAGUAAAUAUAAAAAAGGAGAUGUGGUUUGAUUGCAAAUGAGACAACUAUCUAUCAAAGUGGAUAUAAUCAAUUAUAUGCAACCGUGCAGCCUUCAACACUGAGAAAAACACAUACUGUAUAGACGGCCAAUAAAGGCCAUGACAUAACAAACUACAGUCGAACUGGGUACAUUAAUACUCUUGUUUUUUGUGGUAAGGGUGAGCAGCUUUGACAUCCAGUAGCCCUCAAUUUUCAUAUAUACGUAUAUAUAUUUCAAAAUACGUGUGUAUUUAAAAAUACUAACGUUUUAUAUAUUUUUAACAAAAAUAAUACCUAUGUUCAUAAUGUAUUACGCUAUAUCAUGGAGUUUAGAUAUAUUUGACAAUUACCAGCUGCAUUUACCAUGUUUACUACCGUAGUUAUAACUAUUUUUUAAUCACAUCUUUGGUGAAUAAUAACAUCUUUUUUUAGCAGUUUCAGAUUCGUACAUUUAUUAUGAAGUUUGAACGAUUCAAGAUGCUCAUCCGUACCACUCAGUACAUAGAAAGUGAUCCCCAGAAAGUUAACCGUUUUUUUUUUAUUUCCAUUUCCUGAAAUUGACUAUAGUAAGUUCAUAAACACAAUCAAUAAAAUUUUGAUGACUUAUUUCCAAUGAUUUAAUGUUUUUCAACAUUAUGUGUACUGCCUUGUGCAUGUUAGUCAAGGGUUUGCAUAAAAUAAAUAUUAUUUUUUUGUAUUGGUUAUAAUUCAUUUAAACAACUAGAUUGCAUAUUCAUCAUGUUCAUAAUAUUGAAUUGAUCAUACUUUUUACUUGGAAUCACAAUAUGGACAGGUGGAAAUGAAUGAACCAACAUGAGCUUGUAGUGUAUUUAAAUUGAAUCCACACGAGUUGUGGUGUAUUUUAAAUGUAAUCCACACGAGUUGUGGGGUAGUGUAAAUGUAAUUCACACAAGUUGUGGGAUAAUGUAAAUGUAAUCCACACGAGUUGUGGUGUAUUUUAAAUGUAAUCCACACGAAUUGUGGGCGAAGUGUAAAUUUAAUCCACAGAAGUUGUAAUGUAUAUUAAUUUUAAUACACACGAGUUGAAGUGCAUUUUAAAUCUAGUUCACUAUUUUCACAUAAGUUGUAUUUUAGAAUUUAAUCCCCUUAAGUUGUAGUGUAAUUUUAGAUUUAAUCCCCUGAAGUUGUCAUGUGUUCUAAAAGUAAUCAACAUGAGUUGUAGUGUAUUUUUGAAUAUAUUCCCUUGAGUUAUAGAGUAUUUUAAAUCUGGUUCACAUGAGUUUACGUGUAUUUUAAAUCUAAUUCACCAUGUUCACAUAUACGUUGUAGUGUAUUUUACUCUAAUGUUCAUGAGUUGUAGUGCAUCUUUAAUUUAAUAAACAUGAGUUGUA